ACAUAUCGAAUCAAAAAUAAAUUCGUUAAAAAAAUGAACAGAUUUUUAAUAAUAGUAACGGUUUUACAAAUAUUUACAGCAACCAGUGUCAGUGUAUUAAAGAAACGAAAUCGAAACCUUUCCGAUUUUAACUUAUUUUUUCAUUUCAAAUAUAUUAAUUAUAGUUCGCUUUUAAAUAUGGCAUUGUUAUAAGAGACGAAGAAAUAUUUUCGCCCUGCAAUAACCCGAACUAUCAUUUUAUCGAAGACUAUUUAGACAUAUCCAAUUUGAAAUAUGAAACCUUAGCGAAUGGUUCGGUCUAUGUUAAUGGUGAUAUCGUAUUUAUACGGGAUAUGAAAGGAAAUAAUCCCGCUACAUUACAAGCGUUUAAGAAACAACGCGGUAAUUGGGUCAGUACUGUUUACAAUUUAGGACGCCCAGAUGCUUGUAAGCAUAUUUUCGAUCACAGCGAAAUAUGGGCCAGUGUAUUGGAUGUUAUACCGGAGGAGGAUCGAAAAUGUCCAUUUUAUAAAGGUCAAAAGUUGCAUUUUGAAGUUGUAGCCGAUAUGUCAGUCUAUGUACCUGAUCCUCAUGGUGCUGGUGAAUAUAUGCUGCAACUAAAAGUUGAAGUUAAAGAGCACAAUGAAACUUUUUGCACCAAUUUGUUUGCGGAUUUUUAUAGAGCCUAA